AUGGAUAUGCACAGCCACCACGGUCAUCACCACGGCCCGCCCAGGGGUGGCCGCGGCGGCCCGCAGAUCUCCCGCCAGGAGGCGCAGCGCCGCCUGAAGGAGAGCGUGUCCGGCCACCGGACGGGGCUGCCCCGAAAGCUGCUGGACCUGUUCGCGCCGCGGGCACCGCUGCCACACAUCCCGCCGCAGCCUCGGCGGCGGCCCAACCUGCCGUACACCGGGAUCGCGCAGUACCUGGCGUUCUUCGCGGAGCCAGGGGAUGGGGAGUACGAGAUCGGGAGGCCCGACGACCGGCCACAGUCCCCGCGCACCUUUCGCAACCGGGAGCUGGCGGUGCAGGCCAGGGUGGACGUGGAGAGCAGGGCGGAGAAGAUUGAGAGGCUGAAGCUUGCUCAGAAGGCGAAGGCGGAGAAUGAUGUUGAAGAAGGCGUGAAGAGUUGGGAUGCCAAGAAAGACCCCAAGAUCGAAGGUGAUGCAUACAAGACGCUAUUUGUGGCAAGAAUCAGCUACGAUGUGACGGAAAAGAAAUUGAAGCGUGCGCUCGAGGAAUAUGGUCCGAUCAAGAGGGUGCGCUUAGUCCAUGACACAAAUGGCAAGCCCCAAGGCUAUGCUUUCGUUGAGUUUGAACACAAGGCAGACAUGAAGGAUGCUUACAAGAACGCCGAUGGACUCAAGCUUGAAGGGCGAAGAAUUGUUGUAGAUGUAGAGAGAGGGCGAACAGUCGAUGGCUGGCGGCCUCGCCGGUUGGGUGGUGGUUUAGGAGCACAGACUCGUGCAACCAGAGAACCAGGAGCUGCCAGAGAAAACGCAAGGAUUGAGAUGGAAAGGGACAUGAGAGACCGUCGUGACGGUCCCCCCAUGCGACGUGACCUCAUGGAUGGCAACAACUAUGACCGCUACGUGAGGGACAGGCCACCACCAUUUCCAGACAGAUUCGACCGCGACCGUCCUCCACGUGACUAUGACCGGCCACCACCAAGGCGCAGGGACCAAGAGCAAGAUCGUGACAUGCUUCACAGCCGUGAUCGUGACCAUGAUCGCGACCGCGACCGCGACCGCGACCGUGAUCGUGACAGGGACCGUGACCGUGGCCAUGACCGCGAUCGCGACAGAGGUAGGGAGAGGGAUAGGCACGAGAGGGGGGACCGCCGAGAUCGGAAGAGGUCACGCGACCGUGACGAUGGCAGGUAUGUUGAGCUCCUCAAUGGGACACUGGGACAGGUUUUGGAACAGGGUGGGUUUGGUGAGUAUGAUGUUCAACGCUACACCAGGUACCCCAGCCUCACCAGUCGACUCGUGAGCUGA